UAAGGCUUCUUCUUCGGUGUAACUCUUUAAAUAAUGUCUCUUUUCUUAUUGUUAUCAUGACUAGUAGAUUCCCCUUUGUGAUUUUGGUAUUGAAUUUGGUCUAUGGGAACUGGGGAUUGAAUUGGGUUUUUGAUUGGCUUGAUUGGGUUUUCACUAUUGUUCUUACUUUUCUGCGUUGUUGGAACUCUUGAUAGGUGUAUGUCAUUAUAGAAAAUUUUUGAGGAAGCGAGCUGGUUGUGCGUGUGUGAACUUAGAAGAUAAAAAUCAAACUCAAAAUAGUGAGGCUUCAGGGUUUUAGCCCAGAAGAAUGAACUUCCACUAUGAGUUUUAUGUUUUUGAAAUUUACAUAGGUUGCUUAUGAACUCGAGUUUGAUUUCUAAUGAGCAGUGAAGUAUAUUUAGAAGCAAAAUAGUGAUCGGCAUUAUUGUUGUGUGUUAUUCCCUCUCAAAUGCCAAUACAAAUUAUACAACGUCUUUAAGUUUUCCUGGCAGACAAAAAGAUCUUUCAGUAAUAUGUUUAGUAGAUUGUGUAGAAAAGUAUUUUGUUUUUAUCUCAUUACUUUUGGUUUACAUAGCUAUGUUUUUGCAGGUUUUAGUUGGCAAGACUUGUAUAAUAUUGAAGUUGCAUUGCUGUUGUACUUGAGCAUUUUUUCUCAUAUACCCGAAGAUUCUAUUCCUUUGCAAUAUUCUCAAAAGAACUUAAUCAAAUUAGUAUUUUCUACCAUUACUUGAAAAGGCCUCUAGCACCAUUGAGUUUGCAAGGCAGACGGGACAGGUGGGAAAUAGACUAUUCUUUGACGUAGCUGAUACAAAACCUCUUAGGUGAUUUAAGGAAACAAAGAUGUCUUUUGUGCUCUUGACAUCCUCAAUAGCUCCAACCUCAGUUGUUAACCGAUACAAAGUACACAAUUUGGUACGUCAGAAAAAUUAUUCUUCAAAUUCCAGCUUUUCCAUUGUUCACUACAAAUGUUCAUGGGCUAGUAUGGUGGGCAUAUGUAAAAUCUUUAGAAACAAUUCACUCAGUAUUCAAAACUUUGCUGCAAGAGAUUCCAUGGGCCCUGACAAUCAGAAGUUCACUGAUGUAUCUUUUGAUUGGGAAGAUCAAGAGCAAGAAGACCCUGAAGAUGUGGGGUCACCAUGGGAUGGUGCAGUUAUUUACAGGAGAAACCCUUCAAUCUCGCAUAUAGAAUACUGUACAACCUUGGAGAGGUUGGGAUUAGAAAAUCUUUCAACUGAUAUUUCAAAAUCAAGGGCUUCAGUUUUGGGAUUACGUGUCACAAAAGCCGUGAAGGAUUAUCCACUUGGAAUUCCUGUUCAGAUCUCCGUUGAUGUGACCAAGAAGAAGCAAAAGUUGAGGCUUGAUGGGAUCAUUAAGACUGUUAUCACUUUAGGUAGCAACCGGUGUGGUGAACCAACUGCCAAGAGCAUAUAUUCCAACUUCUCUAUAUUACUGACCGAGGAACCCAUUGAAGAACCAGAGAUUAUCAAUAUGGGAGUGAUCUUUGGUAAAGACAAAUUUAAGUCUUCUAUGGCAAGCAGCAUGGAAGAAGAGGAUGAUGAUGAUGCUUCAAUUGAUUGGGAUGACAGGUUGUACUUUCCUCCUGAAGAAAAGGAAAUCGAUAUUUCAAAGCACAUAAGAGACCUAGUACAUGUAGAAAUUAGCAUAAAUGCAAUAUGUGACCCAAGUUGCAAAGGUCUGUGCCUCAAUUGUGGUACAAAUUUGAACACUAGUAGUUGUAGCUGUAGCAAAGAGAGGAUUAAAGAGAAAGGUUAUGGCCCUCUUAAAGAUUUACGAAAACAAAUGCAGUCAAAAGGUUAGCUUAGUUGCAUCUCAUGUCUAGCUAUACAUGCCUUUUUCUGCCCAAUGCCAUCAUUUCAUUUUACUUCCUUACAAGUGGGGAGCAGUGUUUUUUUUUAUUUUUGGAAUAUUCCAGACAAUAAUGUAUAAUGUACCAUUAUAAGCAAGGCCCUUGACUACCAAAUCUUUCUUUCUCAA